GGCAUCAAGAGAGCUUCGCCGGUUUAAUUUAUUAAUUCGUCUUCCUCUGAGCGGAUCAUUUCAAGACAAGCCAGAAAAAAGAAAGAGGACAAAAUGAAUCCAAUGGUGGAAGCUUUUGCUGCCUUUUUGGGCUUUUUGGGUUGGAUCAUGGUUGGUGUGGCCCUUCCGAAUCGAUACUGGAGGGAGUCUAGUGUGGACGGUAAUGUUAUCACCACCUCGACCAUCUACGAAAACCUGUGGAUGUCCUGUGCAACUGAUUCUACCGGGGUUCACAACUGCCGAGACUUCCCAUCUUUACUCGCUCUUAAUGGGUACAUUCAAGCUUCCCGGGCGCUGAUGAUCGCCUCCAUUGUGUUUGGGACGUUCGGCCUUGUGGCGUCUCUUGUGGGGAUGCAGUGCAGCAAAGUGUGUGGAGAAAACUAUGUCCUGAAAGGGAGGAUUGCGGCAAUCGGAGGGGUGUUCUUUUUACUCCAAGGGCUUUGCACCAUGAUUGCCGUUUCUUGGUAUGCAGCCAACAUCACCCAGGAGUUCUUUAAUGAACUUUAUUUAGGAACAAAGUAUGAGAUUGGACAGGGUCUGUACAUCGGUUGGUCGUCUGCUGUACUUGCCAUCUGUGGAGGUUCCUGCCUGUUAUGUGCUUGCAAGCUGAACUCUCCUAGUGAAAAGAUAUCCUACCCGUACCAGCCAGCCUCCAGGGGACAUGUUCUGUCAACUGUGGCAACGUCUCAGUCUGCACCGAGUAAUUAUAACAGGAACGCGUAUGUGUGAGAGUCCUCCAAGGAAAAGCCACUUCAGCAGAUCCUUUCUUUUCCUUUACCUAACAUAAAGGUUUAAAUCACUAAGAAAUUACAGUGUGAGUAAUUAAUGGAAAUUGAUUUUAAGAAUUCACUGUAAACUGUAUCAGAUAUUUUAUCCCAAGCAAUGCGUUACAAGAUUUUUAAUGUUUAAACUGUUACUGCAACUUAACUUUCCUUUUCUGUACUUAGAUGAUUUGUACUCAAUAACAAUCAGCAGGCUUAAAGAUUGAUAAUCCUGUACUUUUUAUACGACUAGAAGCGAUAAAGUUAUCUGAAUAAAGAAUAUGUGAUCAUGUUAAUUACAUGUUAAUGUAAAAAUUGUUUUUAAGUUGUUUUUCAAAUUAAAAAACAUAUAUUGUACCUGUUCCAUUGUAACAUUUUAUCUCCCUAAAAAAGUCAAACAGAUGAAAACCUUGGAAGGCUACGGAUCAGAGUAAUGAUCCACAUUAAUGUACCGGUACACUGCAAGGAUUACUAACAUAAGGUUUGGUAGGGCUGGUUGUUAAGUGUGUUCAAUAAAUAAACACAACUGAUGGUGAUCAGAGGGCUCAGCGGCACUAGUGUGCGGCAGCCUUGCUUCUAUCAGUGAGUUAUAUAAGUGCAAGCCAUUUACCAUUCUUUUUCUGUAUGGAAUAAAUGUCUUGAUUCAUGUGUAGUAUGUAACAAGCUAAGACAGAGAUCCCCCAUCAACAUUAAGAAGGCAAGGCACCUUUUCCUGAAUAAGAACCAUGGUCUUGGACUUAAGGAGCUGAUCACCAGUAAGCACUGAACUGAGAACUACCCAGAUACAGCUGAGGCUUGUAUCACGAAGCAGGACUACUGGGUUAGCAAGAAAACUUCAGAUUUAACCUUGACUUUCUGGUACCAUAAAGGUGGAUUCAUUCUUAUACCAAUUUCCCACUGGCUGAAAAACCUGUUUCAAGCGGGGGACAAGUGACUUUUAUUGGCAGCGGGAAGAGCUAACUGACAUGUGUCUACUUGGGUCAAACGACUCAGCAAGCUACCCACGUUUAAAUCGCCUCAGUUCUGAUCGGCAUGCUAUGAACCACCAGAGCCAGGUUGACCCACUUAAUUAUGUGAUACCAUUGAACGCAACAUUCGGACAUAGGCACACCGCGGCAGUUGCUUCUGAACUUACAAGCCGAAACAACUCUGCUUACAUUCCAUAAACAUGGAGCAGCUAUGGUGAGAGGGAUUCAGACAGAUAAUAGAGUGAAACAAUAAAGCACACUAAUUCCUUGGCUUCCUUACAUAUUGCUCUCCAUUGUUUACUCUCCUGAUUUCUGUCGCAGUAUUGACAUCAUCAAUGCUUACAGAGCGUGAUGGUGUCACACAGCUGCCAGCGAGGGGUUAGACCAACUUAAUUUGCCAGUGGGAAGGGAGCCAAUUAGCGAUUGUUAGCGAGUCGACCCAUGUUUGAAAAACACGCUUUAACCUGAUA